AUGAACAUCCAUGACCCAACGCCGUCUGUGGAGGCUAUCGUUGCCCCGGCUGCUGAUGCGGCUAGGGAUGUGGAAAAGGGGGAAGAACUGAGUCGUCAUCUGACAAACACUUCUGUUAGCAUUCUUUCUUGGUCAGAAGUAGGAGUCGUUGUCAAAGACCGGAAGACAAAGAAAUCGUUGAAGAUCCUAAGUUCAAGUUGUGGCAUCGUUAAAGCUGGUAACGUUGUGGCGCUAAUGGGGCCCAGCGGAAGCGGGAAAACAACGUUAUUGAAUGUUGUGGCUCACCGAACGUCCACCAUGAAAGGCGAAAUCCAGGGAGCUGUCAUGCUUAAUGGGCAAACCACGAGUCCAACUGCUAUCCAAAAAGUCUCGACGUACGUGGAACAGGAGGAUGCCAUGAUUGGCAGCUUGACCACUCGCGAGACGAUCGACUUUGCAGCACGACUCUCGCUCACAGCAAAGAUGUCUAAAAGCGAACGACUCACAAGAGUGAACGAAUUGAUCGAGUCCUUUGGCCUACAACGACAAGGUGACACUAUUGUCGGCACGCCCCUUCGGAAGGGCCUCAGUGGUGGUCAAAAACGCAGGUUGAGCGUCGCCAGUCAACUCGUCACAUCUCCAAGAAUAUUGUUUCUCGACGAACCAACAAGUGGACUCGACUCAGCUGCGAGCUUUGAGGUCAUGAAAUAUAUCCGUGCAGUCGCUAAGCAGCAUCAUUUGAUCGUCAUUGCAUCCAUUCACCAGCCUUCGACAACCACAUUCCAGCUCUUUGAUCAACUAAUGCUUCUUUCCAAGGGCAAGACAUGUUACUUCGGGCCUGUCUCUGGCGUUGAAGCUUACUUUGAAAAAAUCGGCCAUUCGAUUCCGUUGCACAUCAAUCCUGCUGAGUUUCUGCUCGAUCUUGUAAACAUUGACUUCGUCCAGAGUGGAGCUUCUGCGGAAGGCCGGCUUCAGCAUGUCCAUGACUCCUGGGCCACCUCAGACGAACGCCAGGCCCUGGAGACCUCGGUCGCAAACUGCUGCGACAAGGAUAUUGGGGAGCCCGACCUCCCUCUUGCGCAGAAAAAUACAGCUUACAUUUCCUUUGUCCUUCUACACCGUAACUUUAUCAAAUCGUAUCGCGAUAUUAUCGCAUACGGGACUCGAGUUGCAAUGUAUUUCGGUCUGGCCAUUAUGAUGGGAACUGUUUGGCUACGUCUCUCCUACACGCAAGACUCGAUCCAACCAUUCAUCAACGCAAUCUUCUUCGGGGGUGCAUUUAUGUCCUUCAUGGCCGUGGCCUACGUGCCUUCAAUUAUCGAAGACCUUCAAGCCUUUCACAAAGAGCGAGCAAAUGGGCUCUACGGCCCCUUGCCAUUUACUAUUGCCAACGCUCUCAUCGGGAUCCCUUGGCUCUUUGUUAUCGCCGUUAUGUUCUCCAUUAUAACCUACUGGCUGGGCAAUUUCCAUGCCACAGCCAGUGGAUUCUGGAUGUGGGUGCUAUGGCUGUACUUAGAUCUUCUCGCUGCCGAAGGCCUUGUAGUCCUAGUGUCCAGCAUCUUCCCAAUAUUCGUGGUGUCUUUAGCCAUCACAGCCUUUGCGAACGGGUUAUGGAUGUGCGUCAACGGUUUCCUUGUACCUAUGAGUACUCUGAACGGCUUCUGGAAAUACGUCUUUCACUACAUCGAUUACCAGGCCUACGUAUUCCAGGGCAUGAUGGUUAAUCAAUUCAAAUCCACCGUCUGGGACUGUAACAAGCUCGCGUCGGGGUUUCAGUGUAUGUACCCCAGCAACUUGCAAUCUCAGGGCCAGAUUCGUGGCACCGCCGUUUUGGAAGCCUACAAUUAUUCUUACACAGACCGAAGGAUAGGGGAGUGGAUUGGAAUUAUGUUUGGAAUUAUCAUUGCCUACCGUCUAUUGGGCUAUGCGGCCCUCCUGGUCCUCAACAGGCAUUAA